AGGGGGCCUGCGAACCCGUUCCGGGCGCGGCGCGGCAUUUAGAGCGGCGCGCGGCAGGGGGUGCGCGUGGCUUCCGGCUCCCUCGCGCGAAAGCGAAAGUAAACACAGCGGAGGCGAGGAGUCCGGCAGCGCGGGACAGACAGAGACUGGAAGGUGAAAUGAGCUCCUCUGAGAGCCAUGAUGAGGCCGUGGAGCUGGACGAUGACUCUGAAAGCACUGACAGGCAGCCGGAUGAAAUGGACUCACCUGGGAGCAGCGCUAGCGGAGCAGCGGCAGAGGAAGUACAGAGCGAUGCUCCGCUGGGGGCCUGUGCUCUGGACUACAGAGAUGAAGAGGAGUUGUCCGAUUCGCCCGCCAGCUCCAGCCAGUCCGGUGGGACGCAUCAGAUGGACCUGUCAUCCAUCUUUCAGAUCUUGGAGGACAGCGCUGUGGGUCUCCUCAAGGAUGAGCUGAAAAGGUCCGAAAGGUACCUGAGUGAGGACCAUCCCACGGCGUCUGAGCCUCACGCGGAGGACGACAAGGACAGCGUCCUGGACGAUGAGGAGGGCGUGGAGGACAGCGCUGCUGCGAGAGAAGGGGUUCGCAUGAUAACGCUGAACAUCCUGAGGGCGAUGGGUCAGCACGACCUCGCCGACAGGCUCGAGAAGAAUGAACUCCAGAUGGCUUGUCAGCGUAUCGCGAGAUGUCGACUGAAGAAAAAGUUUCAAAGUGAAUUUGAUGGGAAAUCUACCAAAGAAAAUGUGAUGCCGCUCAGUAAGAUUUACACUGAGCUCCACUUAAGUGAGGAUCGACCUCGAGGGGUCAGUGAUGACCUUGGCAGCUGGAUUGACCCCUCAUCACUGGAUCCAGUUACAAAAGGUUCUGCUCUCAAGUGCUGUGAUUUUUUCAAGUCUUCGCCCUGGAAAAGUGGGCAGAUCAGGACUGUGAUGACGAAAGGCGUUUCUGGUGUCGGGAAAACGGUCACCGUACAGAAGUUCGUUCUUGACUGGACUGAGAGAGCAGAGAACCAGGAUGUUCAUCUCAUAUUCGAUCUUCCCUUCCGAGAAUUAAACUUGUUGAACGAUAGAGAGUGGAGUCUGAUGGAGCUUCUUCAGCAUUUCCUUCCAGCAAUAAAAAUGUUUGAAUCCAUUGAUUUCAGCAGUUACAACAUCUUGCUCAUCUUUGAUGGCUUAGAUGAGUGUCAACUUCCGUUGAGUUUCCAGAGCAACGAGAACUGGUCAGAUGCGGCGAAGCCAACGUCACUGGAUGUGCUGCUGACCAACCUCAUCAAGGGGAGCCUGCUUCCCUCGGCCUUUGUUUGGAUAACGUCUCGACCCACAGCAGCCGCUCGAGUUCCCCUGGAGCACGUCGACCGAAUGACUGAGAUACUGGGCUUCGAUGACCAACAGAAGGAGGAGUUCUUCACGAAGAGAUUCAGCGAUGCCGACAUGACCAAGCGAGUGAUAAGACAUGUGGGAUCGUUAAGAAGUCUACAGAUCAUGUGCCACGUUCCGUUCUUUUGCUGGAUCUCAGCAGCUGUUUUCGAGAAGCUCCCUGGCGAGAUGGAAGGAGAAGAACUUCCCAGGACUUUGACACAGAUGUACACACACUUUCUGAUCCGCCACGUGUUUCCCGGAGGAGCAGACCAAAAGCAGUCGGGAUUGAUGGAGUUGCACAAAGCCGUGGUUCUGAAAGUGGGGCGGCUGGCCUUCCAGCAUCUCCAGAGGGCCAGUGUGGUCUUCAGUGAGGAUGACCUGAUUGAGUGUGGAAUCGAUUCCAGGGACUCACCACUCUGCUAUGAUGUGUGUAGGAAAAUCAUUCAAGAGGAAGCCGGUGUGGGCGAGGAGAAGCUGUACUCUUUUCUUCACCCCAGUAUUCAGGAGUAUCUUGCUGCUUUGUAUGUGUUUUUGUUGGACAAAGAAAGGUGUGUCUUAACCGACGUGAACUCGGUGGACGCUAAGAACACGGUGUGUGAUCUGCUGAAGAAUGCAGUGGAUCAGGCUGUGAGAAGCGAGCGUGGACACCUGGACCUCUACCUCCGCUUCCUGCUCGGACUUUUUAUGGACUCCGGCCGGACUCCGUUUGAUGGCUCACAGAUGCAAAUGGAAAGCAACGAAAGUUACAUUGAACAAACAGUCCAGUGCGUGAAGAACAAGCUAAAGGAGAAGGUCUCGCCAGAAAGGGCCAUCAGCCUCUUUCACUGUCUAGCAGAACUUGGCGACAGCUCUCUGGUGGAGGAGGUUCAGCUCUACCUGAACUCAGGAGAUCUUUCAGCCGGAAGCCUCUCUCCUGGUCAGUGGUCCACUCUGGUUGUUGUGCUGCUGAUCUCUGGCACAAAGCUGGACGUGUUUGACCUGAAGAAGUUCCUCAGGUCAGAAGAAUGUCUGCUGAGGCUGCUGCCGGUGCUCAGGGUGUCCACAACAGCUCUACUGAACGGGUGUGAGCUCAGCGAGGAGAGCUGUACUGCACUGGCAUCAGCAAUAAGCUGCAGUGACAACUGCCUCAGGGAACUGGAUGUGACACACAAUGACCUGCAGGACGCAGGAGUGAAGCUGCUCUCUGCUGGGCUCAGCAAUCAGCACUGUAAAUUGAACACGCUAAGACUUUCCGGCUGUAGGGUCACAGCAGGGGGCUGCGCUGCUCUCGCUUCAGCUCUGCGUUCGAACCCCUCACACCUGAGAGAGCUGCACCUGAGCUGCAACCUUCUGGGCGACACAGGAGCAGUACGGCUCUCUGAUCUACUGCAGGACCCCCGCUGCAUGCUGGAGAAGCUCUGGUUGAUGAGCUGUGGGCUCACAGGAGAAGGCUUCGCCUCUCUGGCGUCAGCGUUGCGUUCGAACCCCUCGCACUUGAAGGAGCUGCGCUUGAGCCACAAUCCCCUGGGGCUUACUGGGGUGUCGCUGCUUGCCGGCAUCCUGGAGAAUCCUGCGUGUAAACUGGAGAAACUUGAGCUGUCAUUGUGUGGGGUCACAGAGGAGGGCUGCGCUGCUCUCGCUUCAGCUCUCGGUUCGAACCCCUCCUACUUGAGAGAGCUGGACCUUAGCUACAAUCACCUUGGAGACUCGGGAGUGAAGGUGCUCUCUGCUCUGCUGCAGGAUCCCAAAUUCAAGCUGGAGAAACUCAGGAUUCUCCCACAACUCACUAAUUGUGCAACAAGCUGAUGUGCACAGCUUGGAUCACAUUAAAUAAAAGGACACGUAACUGCUUUGUACAGACUUGGGAGCCUCGGUGUCACUUUGACCCCCUCGACUACUUGUACGCCACAUCCGUGCCAUGAGUGCUGCUACCAAUCGCAGGAAAAAAGACAGCAAUGUCUCGAUUUUGGAAGGAAAGGACAUUGAUUUGUUCUUGAAAUCCGGGUCCAGAGAACCAUGCUGUUGUGCCAGAAAAGGGAUCUUAAUUCCCAGCUGUACAGCAAAUCCCUCGAGGAUUUGCUGUACAGCUGGGAAGUAAGGAAAUGCUGCGGCUUCACAAAACGAGAACUGAUGCACAUCCGAAGCUGCAGUAAAAUUUCCGCAUGUGUACCCAAGGGCCGUUAUUUCUCACUGAACUGCUCAGGUGUGUUCGUAACCAAAGAAAUAAUUUUAAAGGGAAGAAAGGUGUGUUAGGUCUAUGUGUGUGCAUGUUUUGUCUCAGUUUAAGCACCUUUUUCUCAGCAAUAAAUACUUGAUUUUACUUGCUCCCACCACUGCCAGUGGAAGCCGAACUUUUCGUUACCUAGUGCUGCUGAAAUAAUAAUUGCACUUAACUGACAGUAUUGAUCAGCAAGUUUCCCUUACACAGUUUGUUAAUGGUGGAAUAUGAUAUUGUGGGGAUGCUGCCCCAGAGCACUGGAGCAUAGUUAACAGGGCAGGAAAUAAGUUCAACACAUUGGAAAGUGAGUUAAGUAUGAUUUUGUUUACAUGAGCGUUGCUAUGGUUUCUCCUCUAAUACAUCACUCUUUAAAUGAGAUUGACGUUAAUAAA